AUGACGCUAGAAGAUUUUGAGAAGUCUCUGGCCCAGGAUCAAGACAAGCGCCGAGAAAAGAGUGACAAGGAGCGACGUCACCGAGAUCAUCGCGACCGUGACCGCGACCGCAGCAAAGAGCGCUCGAGACACCACCACCGUUCCAGCCAUCAUCGACGACACUCAUCUCGAUCCCGCGACCGUGAAUCUCGACGUCAAGACGAUGAUAGCCACCGAAGCAAGCGCUCACGUCACUCGACUGACCAUGGAGAUUCUCAUGAUCGCGAUCAUAAGCGUCGACACAAGGACUCCAGCAGGGAUGACGAAGAACCUGCUACGCCUACCACCGCCACUGAGAACGAGCCUAACCAGCUGAAGCGAGACUCUUGGAUGGAAGCACCUUCAGCUCUUGACAUCGAUUAUGUUCACCGACCGGACCCCAAACGAUCAGAAGAACCUACGAAGCCGAAAAUGCUCUCGGCGGACUAUGAGCUGAAGAUUCACGACAAGGAGCUCAAUAAUCACCUCCGCGACCUCAAGGAAGGAAAAGCGCUCGAGGAUAUCAAUGAGGAACCUGCGCAGCAUGAGGUCGACUACACAUUCGGGGACUCAGGCUCCCAAUGGAGGAUGACCAAACUCAAGGGUGUCUACAGAGAAGCUGAGUCCAGCGGCAGGACCGUGGAUGAAGUUGCAGUGGAACGUUUCGGGGAUCUGCGCUCAUUUGAUGAUGCUAGAGAAGAAGAAACCGAGGUGGAUCGCCGUAAGAUGUAUGGUGAAUCCUAUGUGGGCAAAGAGAAACCAAGCGGGGAAUUAUUCCAAGAACGAAAGCUCGAGAAGCAGUCCCACAGUGGCUCAGCAAGACAUGCGCAUGGCUCAGUGGAAGAACCCGAGACAUUGACACAGGGCCAAAAAAUGGAGACCGAGCUUCCGUCCAGCGUCACACGGCCAUUGGAUCUCACGGCAUUAAAUCGCCUGAAAGCCCAAAUGAUGAAAGCGAAGUUGAAGAAGGCUCCGGAAGCGGCUGAACUCGAAGAACAAUACAAUACGACCGCAGCUGCUAUGGCCAAUCGAAAAGAAUCGGACGUGGUGGUUCUUGGUGUCAAGGAAAACCGCAUGCUGGCUGGUACCAGAAAUGAAGUCAAAGUAGUCGAUACGAAACGCGGUCGUGAGAGAGGGCAAGUGGAAGCAAACGACGACAUGACCAUUGAAGAUAUGGUUCGCGAGGAACGCAAGACCCGAGGUCAAUUUGGUGGAGAGGGUUCGCGUUUGGCGGAUCGCAUUUCGCGCGAUUCCAAGUUUGUGAACGAUCUUGAGUAUAUGGACGACAAUGCUUCCAAGCUGGCAAAGAGAGUGCACAAAUCUGAGAUUGAUCUCAAGAACACAACCAUCAACGACUUCCGCAAGAUGAACCGGAUCCUGGAUAAUUGCCCACUCUGCCACCACGAAGACACCAACACGCCACCUGUUGCACCCGUCGUUUCCCUAGCGACUAGAGUUUUCCUCACGCUUCCAACGGAGCCUGAAAUUAGUGAAGGCGGUGCCACAAUUGUCCCGAUUCAGCACCGGACGAACUUGAUGGAAUGCGACGACGACGAAUGGGAGGAGAUCCGUAAUUUCAUGAAGAGUUUGACACGCAUGUACCAUGACCAAGGCCGAGAUGUUAUCUUUUACGAGAACGCUGCUCAGCCUCAGCGAAAGCGUCACGCAUCAAUGGAGGUGGUUCCUCUGCCAUACAGCCUCGGCGAGACAUCACCGGCAUUCUUCAAAGAGGCUAUCUUAAGCGCUGAGUCUGAAUGGUCCCAGCACCGCAAGCUUAUUGAUACUCUGGCAAAAUCCAAGCAAGGCCUAGGAAGAUCUGCAUUCCGUCGAACCCUGGUGAAGGAAAUGCCUUACUUCCAUGUCUGGUUCGAGCUUGAUGGUGGUCUGGGUCAUAUCGUCGAAGAUGAGAACCGUUGGCCUCGUGGAGAUUUGUUUGCUCGGGAAGUAAUUGGAGGUAUGCUUGACGUUGCCCCGGAUGUUAUCAAGCGGCAAGGCCGCUGGCAGCGGGGCAGUGAUCGAAGAAUAGAUGGAUUUAGAAAACGCUGGAGGAAAUUUGAUUGGACUCGCGUUCUCGUUGAAGUAUGA